AUGGAAGCCAUUGAGGAGUCAAGAACUGCCAUUAUAAUCAUAUGCGACAAGUAUGAGGAAAGCCACAGGUGCUUGGUGGAACUGACCAAGAUAAUGGAAUGUGUAAAGAGUAAGGGUCAGAUUCCCAUAACAGUCUUCUAUGAUGAUAAUCAAUGGAAUGAACCCAGGGAGGAGAAGGAGGACAAAAGGAUCCAAGAAAUUGUUGAUAAAAUUUUAGAGAUUCGAGGCAUUACCAAAUACCCAGUGGGAAUCGAAUCUCGUGUAAAGGAAAUAAAAUCGUUGUUGAAAGUUGAAUGUGGCGGUGUUUCUUUUAUUGGGGUAUGGGUGAUGAGUGGAAUAGGUAAGACAACGGUUGCAAGAGCAAUUUUUGACGAGAUCUCUUGUCAAUUUGAAGGGUCUUGUUUUCUUGCAAAUGUUAGGGAAGUUUCAGAGAAGUAUGGACUGAGCCAUUUGAGUCAGAAACUUCUUUCACAAGUCUCGAAGCAAGAAUUUGUGGAUGUGGCAAGUGAAAGAACCUAUUGGCUAAGCGGAAUUCUUCGUCACAAGAAGGUUGUAAUUGUUCUUGAUGACGUGGAUAACACCCAUCAGUUGGAAUAUUUAGCUGGGAAACGCGAUUGA